AUGCGGCGCUGCCUCCACCAGAGCCUCCCCCCGGCCUGCCAGGACACUGUGCCCACCAAGUGCCCACUGCUGUACCCUGCCAGACACCCAGCACUGCCCUCCUGGCACUCCAUGCUCUGCAUCUCCCAGCGAGCGCCCCCCUGCGCCCCCCUGCAGCAGCUGAUGCCCCCCAGCCUGUGCCAGCAGCGAGUGCCCCCCUGCGCCCCCCUGCAGCAGCUGAUGCCCCCCAGCCUGUGCCAGCAGCGAGUGCCCCCCUGCGCCCCCCUGCAGCAGCUGAUGCCCCCCAGCCUGUGCCAGCAGCGAGUGCCCCCCUGCGCCCCCCUGCAGCAGCUGAUGCCCUCCAGCCUGUGCCAGCAGCGUGUGCCCCCCUGCGCCCCCCUGCAGCAGCUGAUGUCCCCCAGCCUGUGCCAGCAGCGAGUGCCCCCCUGCGCCCCCCUGCAGCAGCUGAUGCCCCCCAGCCUGUGCCAGCAGCGUGUGCCCCCCUGCGACCCCCGGCGGCAGCCCCUGCCCGAGUGUGUGCCCCAGGGCCUCCUGCAGCCGCCCUCGGUGCCCCUCUGCGUUGCCAGCUGCGUGCCCCGCUGGCGCCGUGCCCCCUCGGGGGUGCCACAGGAGCUGCGUGUGACCCAGGGGGUGCCCCAGCCGCGCCGUGCCCGCUCGGGGGUGCCACAGGAGCUGCGUGUGACCCAGGGGGUGCCCCAGCCGCGCCGUGCCCGCUCGGGGGUGCCACAGGAGCUGCGUGUGACCCAGGGGGUGCCCCAGCCGCGCCGUGCCCCCUCGGGGGUGCCACAGGAGCUGCGUGUGACCCAGGGGGUGCCCCAGCCGCGCUGUGCCACCGAGGGGGUGCCACAGGAGCUGCGUGUGACCCAGGGGGUGCCCCAGCCGCGCCGUGCCCGCUCGGGGGUGCCACAGGAGCUGCGUGUGACCCAGGGGGUGCCCCAGCCGCGCCGUGCCCCCUCGGGGGCGCCACAGGAGCUGCGUGUGACCCAGGGGGUGCCCCAGCCGCGCUGUGCCACCGAGGGGGCGCCGCGGCAGCGCUGUGCCAGCUGCGUGCCCGCCGGCCCCCCCCAGCAGCAGGGCGGCACCGGACCUGUGCCCAGCGGCGUGCCCCGGCGGCGUGCCCCCGGCUCCGGCUCCUGCCAGGCUGCCAGCGCUGGCGCCCCCCAGCGGCCCUGCGCCACCCCCGGUGUGCCACAGCAAGGGGCCAGCAGGUGGGUGCCCAAGUGGAUGCCACAGCAGCAGGGUGCCAGCAAGUGUGCCUCUCAGGAGUGUGCCACCCACUGUGCCCCAGAGCUGUGUGUGACCAAAUGUGUGCCCCAGAGGCUGUGUGCCACCCAGUGUGUGCCAGAGCUGUGUGUGACCAAGUGUGCCCCUCAGCAGUGUGCCACCCAGUGUGUGCCCCAGCAGCAGUGUGCCACCCAGUGUGUGCCAGAGCUGUGUGUGCCCCAGUGUGUGCCCCAGCAGCAGUGUGCCACCCAGUGUGUGCCAGAGCUGUGUGUGCCCCAGCAGAUGUGUGCCACCCAGUGUGUGCCAGAGCUGUGUGUGACCAAGUGUGCCCCUCAGCAGUGUGCCACCCAGUGUGUGCCCCAGAGGCAGUGUGCCACCCAGUGUGUGCCAGAGCUGUGUGUGACCAAGUGUGCCCCUCAGGAGUGUGUCACCCAGUGUGUGCCCCAGAGGCAGUGUGCCACCCAGUGUGUGCCAGAGCUGUGUGUGCCCCAGUGUGUGCCCCAGCAGCAGUGUGCCACCCAGUGGAUGCCACAGCAGGGUGCCACCCAGUGUGUGCCCCAGAGGCACUGUGCCACCCAGUGUGUGCCAGAGCUGUGUGUGACCAAGUGUGCCCCUCAGGAGUGUGUCACCCAGUGUGUGCCCCAGCACAUGAGUGCCACCCAGUGUGUGCCAGAGCUGUGUGUGACCAAAUGUGUCCCCCAGAGGCUGUGUGCCACCCAGUGUGUGCCCCAGCAGCAGUGUGCCACCCAGUGUGUGCCAGAGCUGUGUGUGACCAAGUGUGUGCCCCUCAGGAGUCAGUGUGCCCCCCAGCUGUGUGCCCCCCAGCAGUGUGCCCCCCAGCUGUGUGCCCCCCAGCUGUGUGCCCCCCAGCAGUGUGCCCCCCAGCUGUGUGCCCCCCAGCUGUGUGCCCCCCAGCAGCAGUGCCAGGCAGGAGCAGUGAAGCUCUCCAGCCUCUCCAAGAGGUACUGCUCAGCACCCAAGGGACCCUGGCAGGAGGCUCUUUUCGUUGCUGGGUACCCAGAGCAGGCAGAGGAGCCGCUGAUGGCCCUGCCGGAGCAGCAUCCUCCGGCUCGGAUGCCGCCCUCGGCGCGGCCCCGGCGCCCGCAGAGCCUCCUCCCGCGCCGGACCGAAGAGCGUCGGCAAAGCCCUUCCCAGGACGGAGCCUGA